CAUGGAGUUAAGCGACAAGACAAGAUUUGAAUAUUUCACAAGAGUUGUUGCUCCCGAUAAUUAUCAAGCUCGUGCAAUGGUCGACAUUGUUAAACAUUUUAAAUGGAACAACGUACUAACUCUAGCUGAUGAAGGAAAUUACGGAGAAAAAGGAAUAGCGGCCUUUAAAGAGAAAGCCGCUAAUAGAGACAUUUGUAUUGCGAAACAGAAGGAAAUUGGACGACAAAUUUAUAAGGAUACUUUUAAAAAUAUUCUCUCAGAGUUCUAUCAAGAGAAGAAAGCAAAAGUCGUAGUAAUGUUUGUCAACGAAGACAACGUAAGACGGCUUUUAGAGGCGUAUAAACUAACUAGGUCCGAAAGAGGUGGAAGAGAGUUAACCUUUUUAGCGAGUGAUAGCUGGGGAGCGAAAACCCAUCCUGUAAGCAACAACGAAGAAGCGGCCGAAGGAACUGUAACAAUCUUACCAGAAAGGAAUCAGUUAGUCGGUAAAUAUAGUUUAUUUAUUAUUCAUAAUGGCGUGUAA